CACGUUACGCGGUCUCGACUUACACAACGCGCCAAAGGACCUAACCUCAAAAACCGGGGGCUCGAGCGAAACAAAAACAAGUGACUAUCAGCUUACCGACUCAAAACGUUCCAAAAACAAAUGAAAACGUGUUUUUAAAUUAUAAUUAUAGACGUCAGAAUCCUUGAAAAAACAAGUGAAGAUCGCUGACCAGUGAUAUUUGGAUUGAUAAAACAAUUGAAAAACGCUUUUUUAGUGAAGAAGUUUAAAAUUAGUUCUGUUUAAUCAUAGAAAUAGUUUUGAUGUGACUUGAAGUGAUUUCGACGUUCGUGUGUAGUGAAGGUGCAGUUAUCUACUGAUUGGAUAAACUGAAGAUGUGGUGGAUAUUGAAAUUAUCGAUUGUUUUACAAUGUGUCCAAUCAGCCCGCAUAAUCAACAUGCGAGUGCCAGAAGUGUUCCAGUACGGGACACUGGACUCCGUCACCAUGGACUGUGAUUACGUCACCGACAACGUCACUGGUUUAGUUGUCAAGUGGUUUUACAACGACAAGUCGCAGCCGGUGUACCAGUGGAUACCACCGCAGAAGCCGCAGGCUUUGGGCAUGUUGAAGAAUAAGCUUAACCUGAACUACAAAGUGUCCCACAACCCGUACACGCAGCAUCGGGCGCUGCACAUCCUGUCUCCGACUCCUGAGAUGACGGGAAACUAUACCUGUGUGGUCUCCACCUUCCUAGCUGAGGAUCAGAGGACGAGGCCCAUGACUAUAUUUGUCCCAGAAAGAAGAUUUGAUAUGAUCCAGGAUAGGUUAGAAGAUGGCUUCCUGAACAUCAUUUGCUCGGUGGAAGGCGUUUAUCCAAAACCAGAGCUCGUGAUAUUGGCUGGGAACAGGCCACUAAACGCCAAAUCAUCAAUCAAGGUUGUCAACGAACGCUACACUGCAUUGACAAGUGCAGUGGUCAGAAUCGACGCUCUACCUCCAACCGUGGAGAUUCUAUGCGACAUGCAGGUUCCUCUUGCAAACUACUUCAGUAGAAAGAGGGAUAUCUUCUAUAGAGAUCCACCUCCUACAACGGAGUCAAAUUCUGCGCAAACGCAACAAGAACCAGACAGCGGUUAUUCAACGAAAAGCUCAGAAAUAUUAGUUACUAUUUCACUGUUACUCUGUUUUUUACGGCUACAAGAAACGUGAUAUUUGGCAAAAACAUAGACUGAAUUAGGUUUCGUUGUAUAAAGAAUAUUAUUUUUUCUACUAUAGCAAUUAAUAUAUUUUCAUAUUGAAAGAUUUUUAC